ACAAUAUUUAAAGCCUUUCAUUUUGUUGAUGCUGAGGCUGAUGUUCUUGAUAGGAGGAUGGCAUUGGGUAACAGUAAAAGGAAAACAAGCCUCCCCUAAAGAAGCUCCAAUACUUACUCUUGCACCACACUCUAGUCUUUUUGACGUGUUGCCCAUUGUAAUGCUAGGUGGUCCAUCAGUAGUUGCCAAGACUGAAUCUGAAAAUACUCCAUUUUUUGGUGCUUUAAUCAACUUUACACAGCCAGUGUAUGUGACCAGAGACAACCCACUCUCUCGACAGCAAACUAUUGAUGAGAUAAAAAGAAGAGCUUAUUCUGAGGGUGAAUGGGAUCAAAUUGUGAUUUUUCCUGAAGGAACUUGUACUAAUCGAUCGUGUCUCAUUUCUUUUAAGUCAGGUGCAUUUUAUCCAGGGGUUCCUGUGCAGCCAGUGUGCAUUAAAUAUCCCAACACAUUGGAUUUAGCCACAUGGACGUGGAGUGGACCAGGAGCGCUAAAGCUCCUGUGGCUUUCUCUAUGUCAGUUUCAAAACUAUUGUGAAAUCGAGUAUCUUCCUGUAUAUCAACCUAAUGAUAAGGAAAAAGAGAAUCCUCGUUUGUAUGCUGAUAAUGUCAGGCUUGCAAUGGCUCGAGCCUUGGACUUGCCAGUGUCUUGUUAUUCAUUUGAUGAUCUUCAGUAUAUCACAAUGGCCCAAAAGCAAAAUUUACCUCAAACUGUGGCUGUGAUCAAGCUGUUGAAAAUGAGAAGCAGAUUAAAUUUGGAGAUGGAGACAAUUCCAGAAGAAACAAAGAUUCUAACAAAUUACCUCCAAGUUCAAGGUUCCUCUCUGAGGGUGGAAGAGUUUGCAAGUGCCUUGGAAGUACCAUUCAAUGAAAUCAUCAAAAAUGGAUUUGAUGCCUUUGAUCAGGAGGCAAUGGGAAAAGUAGAUCUCCGACAUUAUAUCUGUGGUCUUUGGGUUAUCAACCGUUCUAUAGAUCUGUGGACGAGAGUAGAGAACAUUUUCAAAGUAUUAAGCCAAGAUGGAGUUUUAGCAGUUGGAGUGCCAGAAUUCAUCUUCAUUAUGUGGCUGUUGACAGGUGUAAGUAAAAGCACUGCAGCUGCUUUGUAUACAGAGCUAGAUCCAUCAAACACGGGGGUAGUGAUGUUUGAAACAUUUCAGAAGUACUUGUACAAGCUGCAUUAUCUGCAAGAUCUUUUAGUUUUGUCUGGCACAAUGCCACCAAAUAGCUUUGCAAGCAAAUCUUGUCUAAUGAAUGAAAACAUAAAGGAGAGUAAAAGUUCCCUACCUUUUCCACAGGAGACAACUAGAAUAAAGUCUGAGUGAGCAAGUUUUACCAAACAUGUGUAUUUAAUACACAUAUCUAGUCAAGAGUGUCACCAGAAAAUCAUCUGCUUAGGAUUCAACACUGUUCCUGCAACUUUAAAAUUUUCUGAGUUUCAGACUUAAAGCUUUAUUGCAUUAUGAUCUGAUUUUUACUUUUUAUUUUUACUGAAGUGUUUUGUGCUUUUUUCACUUUAUAUAAUUUUUUGUUUACCAUGUAUUAAAAACAUGUUUGUGAAGUGUUACUAUUUUUACUGUAAUUUUUGUCAGUCAUGGUUGACCAGUUUUUGAUGAUAUGUUUUUGAGUUACAUUCUUUUACACCACAUCUGGCUUUGCUCAUGUUUUUUGUUUUAAGGAGUACUUAAAUAUUUGUGUUGUUUUAUAUGGUGGAAUAAACUGGAAAUGAAUUUACUGAGUUAUUUUAAGGUAAACACUUUUAUCGAUGAACUUGAUUUAUAUAUACCUAAAUGAGUGAAUUCAGCUGUUAGCUUAGUAGUUCACUCACUUCAUUUUGUAAAAAGCUCUAAGACAGAAAGCAUACACUGAUCUUGUUUUUAAAAAAUAUGAAACUUAUCUAAAUAAAGAAAUAAAUACACCAUUGCUGUUGAACUAUGACCCUCAGGCCAGAUAUGACAUAGUGGAAGGUUUAAUAUGGCCUGUGAAAGAUUUUAAUAAGUCCUAAGAAAUAAUGUGGCUAGCCAAAUUAAAAAAAAAGGGUUUUUGAACUUAUUCAUUAAAAUAUGUAUACAUUUACUCAAAAGUAUGAUGGAUACAGUAUGUUUGUAUUAGACACAUUAUCAUAAAAUUAUGUAUUCCUUCUGUAGAAAAUUCAAAGAAUUGAUCCCUAAAUUUACAGUGUUAUAGAUAUUGGAGUCUGUUAUUUUCUGAUAUUAGUAAGUUCUCAGAAGAGAAGCGGGCUCAUCAUUCCAACUAAAGUUAGCUUACUUAUUAAUCAUUUACUCUAAACAAACAAUGAAGGUAACAAAAAAUAUUGCAUAAAAAAUAAAUGUAGCUCCCUAUUCCCAAAAUAUCUGAGUACCUUUGUUGUAGAAUAUAAAAAAUGGUUUUACCAGUGUUUUUAAGAUCAAAUAAGGAAAAUAGAAUAAGAGAGCAAAAUAUUUUGCAUGUACCAAUGACUAACUAUUGAUAUUUAAACAGUGAAUUCACAUAAUAUACCAAUUUCCUUUAUUGUUUUAAGUUUUUUUGACAGCCUACAGGAUGUAUUUUGGCAUCCUUUUUUCUAACUUCUUACUUUGACCUCUUCUAUAUUUUAUCUUUUUUGUUUUAGAAUAUAAUAGAUGUGUGAAUGAGAACUUCCAAAAUAUAACUUCUCAGAAUUAAAUAACAAAAUGCUUUCUUAUAUAAGAAUAUGAAAAAAUGAAUAUGAAAUGACAUAUUGUAAUCCUUUUAUGUUUAGAAAACCCAAACAAAAGCAUCUUAUUUUGUAACUUCCCUACAUGAUUAUGCCUCUUUGUAUCAUUUUUUUUUUCAUCCAGUGUUGUUACUUUUUUUUUUACAUAAAUAUGAAGAAAGAGUA